AUGUCAGAGAUUGGUCCCGAGGUUGAUGGUGACGAUUCUGACCUUAAGGAAUGCUUGCUUGAAACGCUUAAGGCUGAUGGCACGCUUAAACAAAUACAAGACCAGUUGAGUGCCGCCGUUUAUGCUGCAUUUUAUCGCCAAACGACACAGCCUGUCAAACGAACUCCUUCACCUUUAAACGUGCUGUUAUCGAAACAGAACGGCAUUGCCGCUGUCUCAUUGUUGGUAGAUUUCUUGCAGUCUUUUGAGCUCAAAAAGACUCUGAAUGUUCUUAUGCACGAAACAGGACUUGACGAGUCCAAACUAGAACGAAGGGAGAACUUGGUUCAGCGCUAUGGUUUAUCGUCUAUUUCCGACAAAUCUCCUGUACUUCCCGCCUUAAUGGAUUCGUUUGGCAAUCUUUCAAUCGAACCUCCACAGUUGUCAAAAGCUGUCGUCUUGGACCAGGACUCGGAUAAUGAAUUUGACAAACCAAUUCGCAAUAAUGGCAGUAUUCCUGGAAACCUUGAUAACAAUUUCUCGCCAUCGUCAGGAACUCUUGUCACUUCUAAGGACCAACGGCCCCAGAAUCGGUCUCCACCUCACUCUAUCGAUUCCACAAGGCAACCAAGCGGUUUUCCACGGGAACAAACGGGCUACGCCGAUACUGACAAGAAUUUGUCCUCAGACGUUCACCAAUCGCAACAGCAAUUCCAGUGGUCUAGUAGACGAGACCUCGAAAAAGGGGACGAAUACGCCGUUACAACCAACCCUCCAGACGAUCGUAGCGCCUCCGUAGCUUAUGAUGCACUCUUGGGUUCAUCCACCAAUGACCACCUGCAGGAGACAUCUCGUUCUCACCAUGGCACCCCUUUUGCCAACACUGUGGCCGGCGGUCCUCUUUCCUCCCACGCCGGCGGCUACUCCUCUACGAUGACAAAUCUCUCCACCAGUAUAUGCAAUCCCCCACCACAGCGUUAUCCAGACAUUGUCUCCGACGGUGACUCUGACAUUGAUUCAGAGGUUGUUAAUGAUAUAACGUUGAGCUCUUCAAAAGUGGAGGACUGUGACUACAUGGAGCCGGUGGGUGACGCCUGGCUACGCAUUUCAGUAUCUUCAUCAUCGUUAUCCCCCCUCUGCUUUCUCACAGAUGCUGCCGCUCCUUCUGGCUACGCUACCUUCAUAGAGGCUGAACCAUGCUGCAUUCAGUCAGCUUUUAGCAAAUGUGAUAGAGCUCUUCCAUGA